AAUGGGCCAAAGCGGACAAUAUCCGCUAGCGAUAGGCUUGAGCUGUUACAUUAAGUUUAUCUCCCUGGCUAUGAGAACAAAUAUAAUUAUAUCUAAUAACCUGCAAAAUCAGGUCAAAACCACUCUCAAUGAAGCUGUACAAAGUGAUUCCAUUUUCUAGCUUUUUAAGUAUUCUUAACAUGGUUGUUGGUCAAUACUAUAUACCACUGCCCUUGGAGUUUCAUUUAAACCAUUUGGUCCAUUUGUUGCUCGUUUUCGCCUUUAGAUAUAUCUGUCAUUUAACGUUAACUAAUGUUCUUGAUCUUCAUCGGGUGGUGGCUCGUGCUGUUCGGGGAACAUGGAUGGACCUCAUUUCUGCAGUGUUAGCUGGGCUCGCGUUUAUGUUUUCUUCUAGCAUCUUGCUACAGAUUUUGGCUUGUGCACUAUACAACAAUUGGUGGCCUUUGCUAUCAGCGUUGAUGUACGUGCUCGUUCCAAUGCCAUGUUUAUUUUUUGGAGGCGGGUCGACGCAGUUUCUGAUUAGCCGAGACGGUGGAGGAUGGAUAGGUGCUGCUAAGUUCUUGACGGGAGCGUCAACCGUUGGGAGUUUGGCAAUUCCUAUUAUCCUGAGGCAUGCUCAGAUGAUCGACACAGGAGCCAUGUUCAUAGAAUUCGUUUCGUUCUUCAUUUUUGUUUGCACUGUGUUGUGCCUCCACCGUGUUAGCCUUGAAGAUGAUUGGUGAUCCCAUAUUAAUUCCAGAAGAUUACAACAAUUUCUUGUGUUAAAUUUUAAUGCGUUUCUUUUGAACAGUCGAUAACAAGAAGAAACUUGCAGUGGGGGAAAGGAAACCGAGUUCUAAGUUUCUCAUAUGUAAAUCAAUCUAAUGUAUGAUAGUAGUUCUCUUUUUUUCUUC